ACUUCGCGCGUGCGCACCGAGACCAACAGUCGUCGCCAUUUUAUACCGCCGAUGGUCCCGUAUUACGAUAGUUAAACUAAGGUUAAGCAAUAAGCAACCAAAUGUGGCCAGUAAAAUCAAUGGGUUAAGCGCAAUUUCAGACUAAACUAUUAGAAUACAACUUAAUAUAUGUCCUACUACAGCAGUGUAGCAAUAGAAAAAAUCAUAAAUGUAUUAACUAAUAAUCAUGAAGCAUUUGACACUUGGUGAUUUCUAUAAUUUAUCAUGGGUUGAAAUUGCAAAACAUUAAUAUGGACAAACUUACUGUUAUUUCGGGAACUUUGUUCUUAUUGGCCGAUGUAUUUGCAAUCGUCAGUUUGGCAAUGCCUGACUGGAUCAUAACCGAUGUAGGAGGUGACACCAGAUUGGGUUUGAUGUGGACGUGUAUGACCCUCUUUAACAGACCACAAGUGUGUUUCACUCCUGAUCUGAGACUCGAAUGGUUACUGGCUUUAGUCAGUAUUUUCAUUGGGUGUAUAUGUAUAACUACCACCAUAAUUUUGCUGGCCUCUUCACAUUGGGACCGAAAUGUUAUACCAUAUGCACGUUGGGUAGGAUUUACUGCCAUGGUACUAUUUUGUUUUGCUGCCGUUGUAUUUCCCAUGGGUUUUCAUAUACCAGAGAUUGGCGGUCAACCAUAUCAACUACCAAAUAGUCAUCAAGUUGGCAUUUCAUAUAUUUUAUUUGUGUUGUCACUCUGGGUAACUGUAAUAUCUGAGUUAUUUGCUGGAAAAGUAUGUUUACCCCAUUUUUAAAAGCACUUGUGGACUACAGAGUAUUUGUUGUUUUAUCAAAUCCAAAUGAUCUGGAGUUUGAAAGCAAGGAAAUUAAGUUCAAUAUUAUGCAAAUAAAAUAUUGAUGUCCAUGAAAAGGUUAAAUAAGACUUUAAAAAAAUUAGAAUAAACAACUCUAAUAUACUUAUUGAAGGCUACAUAGAAUUAGCAUCAAGAAAUCAUGCCAAAAAAUACUCAUUCCUAAUAAUAAAAUAAUUUUGGAAAUCAAAAAUAUAUCUUGUGAAUUUUUAAAACUAUUUUAAUAUAAUAUUAAAAAAAGUGAUUAAUUUUUGAAAUAGUUGACUUAUGUGCAAGAAUACAAUUAUUGUAAAAUUCAUGAAAUAGUUAAAUUUAUUAUAUUAUCAUGGUAAAAUGUAACUGUUUGCUUAUUUAAUAAAUUAUUAUAGAAUUAUACUCUGUAACCAAAGAACACCAA